UUGGUGGGGUGGUGGGAGCGACCCGACCGACGUGAACACACUGUGUGCUAUGACGAACGGUCUGCUCCGCCGGAUCGCCUAGAGAAUAAAAAUUCGACUUUUUCCCCGGUUUUCCGCAGGCCGAUCGGUGUGUUUUUUUUGUUUUCUCUCCUUUUCCUUCUUGUCGCUGCCCGUCGCCACCGCGCUCGCCUGCGCCGGGCCGGCCCCGAACGACAACCGCGUACCGGAACGCACGGGCGAAACACGCCGCCGCCGCCGCCGACGUUGCACGUUAUUUAUUUUGUUUUUAUUUCGUUGUUUUAUUUUUUUUUUUCACUCUUCCCGACGCGCAUACAGCCGCCGAUCGUUUGUCGCCAUUUUGUGUGUGCGCCGCAGCGUCUAUCGCGUGUGCCCUUAAAAACGUACCAAUCUCGUGGCCGUUUUUUUUCGCGUUCCGACGACGUCCGCGUAGUGUGCUGGUGGUCUGGCCGCCUGGCGACACGAUACGGGACGCGCGCCGAUAACUGGACUGUGGUGCUGUUGCCGCCACCGCUGCUCUUGCUUGCGACGCCGCCGCCGCCGCUGAGUACGUGCGAGUAGCAGCGCGGGGUGUGCGCGUCCGUCACAGAUCCGCCGCGGCUUAGAUAACGGCCGCCGCCGGUGAUAACGAUGUACGGGCCGCCGAUGACAACGACGUGAAAAUAUGUUCGCGGACGACCAGCGCUGACGAGCUGCUAGCUCGCGCGUUCCCCAGGCCCUAUCACCGCGCUCCGUGCGCGCCACGCGUGGCCCGCCGCCCCCUACGUAACUCCGCACACGUUCCCAACACAUCCAGCAGGCAUGGCCAGCGUCCUGAACAAAGAUCCGGCCAACUACGCGAGGGAAAAGGCCAGCUUCCUCAGGGACUUGCAGCACUUCCACGACACCAGAGGAACACCAAGCCGUGUUUCACCAAAAAUAGAUGGAAAAGAUAUUGAUUUAUAUCUUCUGUAUGUUCUGGUCACCGCACAGGGAGGAUGGGUUAAGGUUAACCAGAGAAAUGACUGGAAAAAUCUUUUGGAAAAUUUUGAUCUAGUGUCAUCAUGUAUUAAUGCUGAAGUUGCAUUAAAACAAAUAUACCUAAGGUACUUAGAUCGUUAUGAAAAAAUUAACUUUUUGGGAGAAACUGGAUCAAUUGCUGGCGAUGAUGAUGAAGAUAGUAGACAUAAAAAAUGGUCUGCUAGAGCAUUGCAUUCUGUUCCUUUAGUUUAUAAUCACCAUCAACAUGCUGUUAAUGAAUCUGUAAGAGCGUUUCAUGGUUUAUCAACCAAUCUCUACAAAGCUAGUGAUUAUGAUAAAUUAUCUUUAUCGUUGUUAUCACCUUUACCUAAUGAGCAAGACCUGGCAAUUAAUGUUUGUAUCCUCUUAUCUAAUGAAAACAAACAUGCAAUUAAGUUAUCAAAGUGCCCACAAAUUCUUCACCAUCUCUUGGCUCACGCUGGUGUAUUUACUCAUUCUGCUUCGCGUAAGUAUUGGGAUGAUUAUUAUCGGAAAGUUCGAAAAUGGUCAAUAAAAUCAUUUUGGAAAGAAGUUCUUGAUGAACAAGAACUAAUGUAUUUAACAGACGAAAGUCGUUUUUCUGCUCGAACUCCUAAAACUAUACCACGAAAAGAUGAUGAGUCAAGUUCUUGUAGUGAUGAUGAUGAUGAUUUUAGAAAUAAUAAAGUGAAAUUAAAUUUUGAUCCAUCCGACGAUGAAUUGUUUGGCCUGAAAAGGCCUCUUGGUACGGAUGAUCCAUAUGGGCAACGGGUGUACCAAGUGGCUUUAAUACUCAGAAAUUUGACAUUUUUUGAAGAAAAUAUGAAAGUAAUGGGUCAAGACUUGACAUUUCUUAGAUUUGUUUUAUUGUGCUGUGCAACAAGAUGGAACUGUUUGCAUCAAAUUGGUUUUGAGAUGUUGGGUAAUAUUGGACCUGUAGUACCUCUUGAUGUUGGUUCAUUGCAGCAUGCAACAUUAAAUAUUGUCUGUAAAAAUAUCACUGAAUCUAAUGAUCGUUCAAUCAUAUUAAGUGCGGUUGAGGCUUUAAAUAGAAUGGGCUCCAAAGAAUCAAAUGAAGAAUUUUUAUUGAAAAAUAUUAAUCAAAAGGUAUACGAUAAAAUAUGUAAUAUGUUAUCCUUGCAUGAUAUUAUGUUGUUAAUACAAACAUUGGAAUGUCUUUACUCAUUGAGCUCACUUGGUGAGCGUGCUUGUAAUGCAAUUGUUCAUGUACAUGGGGUUAUUGAUACUCUGGUGUCUUUAAUUACUGUUGAGGCACAGACAUAUGGACCCAAAGCAUGUAUAUUGAUGAGAGUUAUUGAGACUGUUACAACUCCUUCGACAACUACAUUUGCUGCAGAAUCAGCACCAAAGACACAUUUGAUGGCAGCCCCUAGUGUUCCUCCACCUUCUAAUGCAUCCCAACAUCUAAUUUCGACUUUCACAUCUCAGAAUGUACUCCCUCUACCCACACCCGCGGUUGCAAAUCCUGUUAUAUUACCAAAUGCUCCAACUGCUGUACCUGUUAUGUCUACAACUUUAAAUACUUUUACAUCUGUAACACCAACUGGACCACCACCACCACCACCACCGCCCGUGCAAUCAGUUGCUAGCCCCAAAAUCAUGGUUCCAGUUACUGUGACUGUUACAACCAAUUCAGCUAUAGUAUCUUCAAGCCAAACUUCUCCAAGUGUUCCUCAACCAGCUAAUAUGAUACAACAAGAGAAUGAACAAUUUGCAUUAAACUGGAUUCGCGCUGUGCUUGAAGUGUGUCCUACUCCUGGACGAGGAAUUGAUCAAGCUGAAUUAUAUAAAUUAUAUAUGACUGCUUGUGCUAGAGCUGGAAGAAGAGGAGUUAUUGCUCCACUUCAUUUCCCACGUUGUGUCAAAGCUGUGUUUGGACCCGGCGUUGGACCAAAAACUGUAAAACUUGCACAAAGCCAAGGUGGCAUAGCCAUGGAUCCACCCACUCAAAUUAUUGCAUACGAAGGAAUUCAGGUUCGAUCAAAACCAUUGUCAUUCCCGAUCAACACACCAGUGGUUGUGACACAAUCUACAUCUGUAACACCCUCGUCUAUUCCUACCUCACCUAUCCUUAAAGCACAACUCAGCGCACCAGCUACUAAUGUCCAACAAAAUUCUCCUUUAAUUAAGCGUGAAAUCCUAGGAAAGACCAUACAGAAUCCUGUAUCAUCUACAAGUAUUGCAAAUGAAACAUCUGUUAUUACUACAGUUGCAUCUGCUACUAUAUCUCAACCUGAAGGAACGUUAUUAUCUAAUAGCAAUACAUCUUUAAUUAAAACAUUAUUAGCUAGCAAGGUAUGCGAUCCAAAAUUGAAUGUGCCUUCUGCGACCAUAAAACUUAGUAAUAAUGAGUCAUGCACGUUAUAUGCUUCUUCUCAAAAUUGCAAUUCUUCAGUAAUUACUGAGGUGGCUCAGCGUCAGCAACAACAGAAAAUAUUACAACAACAAAAUAGUUCUACUACAUUUGCUUCGGCAUCAUCCUUAGUACCAAAGCAAACUGCCAGAAUAAAUGGUAUCAGAACUUCUUCUGAUGAGUUAUGUAAAAAUGAUAUGGUUGUAACUGUGUCUAAAUCAGAACAGAAUCAACAGUCUGUAAUUACAACAAUUGCUUCCAGUAAUAAAACGUUGGCCAAUAGCUUGAACAAACUUAGCGAUAAAGAUCAAACCGAAGUGAAUUUACUGGAGCCAAAAAAGGAAUCUCUUUUAAAUGGAACUCCAGAGGUAUUAGAAAUAAACGACAUAGCAUCAAAGAGUGUAAUGCUAUCAGGGCUAUUAGAUAAAGAGAUUGAAAAAAAAGAUGCACCAUUUUUAUAUGGAUCAAUACAAGUUGGAGACAAUGGAUUGGAAUUGAAUGGUGCGUGUUUAGAAUCAAAAGAAAAAUCAACAGCUACUUGUAUUAAAAUUAAACAGGAAGCAGGAGAAGAAAAGCCUGGACAACAACUAGUUAAAGUAAUUAUGGGUGGAAAACGGUCAGCUGAAAAAGACAUUGCUUGUGACCAAGUGCCUAAGAAACUACAUCUCAAUGGUAAUAGUAGUAGUAAUGAUGAGGAAAACAUGGAGGUUGAUGAAAGUAAUAUGAAAGCUUCUUCAACUGCUGCCAAUCUUUAUGCUGCUUUAGCAGCUGAUGUCUUAGAAGAUAUUGAUGGUUUAGAUGAUGAACCACCAAAAACAAUUCCUACUUCUCAACAACAGAUUCAAGUGAAUACUCAACCCACAACUCAGCAAAUUUUUCAAACUCCUGGGCAAAUCAUUGUAUCAUCUUCAAACACUCAAUGGCCAUCAAAUAAUCAAAGAGGUAUUGUAACAAUGGUUCAUCAAGGUAAUGCUGGUGGGCCACAAUAUGUUUUGGCUCAACCUCAGUCUGCUUUAGUACAAGGCCAAGCUCAAACUGUUCUUGUAGCUCAGACUACACCUCAAGGUUCAGGAGCUAAAACAAUAAUAAUUCUUCAACAACCAGCUGGAAAUAAUAAUCAAUCAUCUAACACUAUGACUUUAAGUCAGACUAAUUUUGUUCAAACCUCUUCACCAUCAAACCAAUCUAAAGUUAUUGUACAGCGAAUUCCAACAGCUCCAACUAUUAAACAAACCACAACUAUGGUGACUAGACCUGUAACACCUGUGACUUCUAAUGCUAAUAAACAGCAAAUUAAGGUCAUUAAGACUGUACCUCAUAUUGUAUCUGCCUCUUUGCCUACACCAUUGGUUCAAACUAGGAUACGCACUACAGCUCCAAUUAAGGUUACUGGGGAAGUCAACACUACUACUACCAAUCAUCAAGGACAAUUUUUAUGUGAAUGGAGAGGAUGUAUGCGUAAUUUUAAAUCUGCUAAUGAGGUUUAUAUGCACGCAUGUGAAUCUCAUUGUCCUUCUAAUGGUGUACAAGAAAUGCAAUGUUUAUGGGAGCGAUGUGAUGCUAUGAAGCGCAAACGGUUUUCAUUAAUGACACACUUAUUUGAUAGACACUGUAAUCCUGAUGUAUUGAGAAUGAUGGCUGUCCGAAGAAGACAAUUGUCUCAAAGUGGUCGUAGCGAAAUACCAGCUCCAGCACCACCAACACCUCAUCCUGGUUAUGCACCUAAUGCUGCCUUUAAUGCUAUUAAAAGGCAUGCAUUGGAAUUUGUUAAUCCCAAAGAACUACAGCAAAGACUAGUGAGUGCAGCUGGCAAUCAACAAUCGGCUGGGARUGUCGAUCAGGAUGAUAAUGAAGGUCCAGUAACCAAGAGCAUACGUCUAACGUCAGCACUUAUUUUGAGAAACCUAGUCAUUUAUUCUUCGACUGGAAGAUGGCAUUUAAAACGAUAUGAAGCACACUUGUCAAAUAUAGCACUGAGUAAUGUUGAAUCAUCAAGAACAAUUUCACAGCUUUUAUUUGAUUUGUGUCAUUCUAGCUGACCACACUCUGAAGAUUAACUUGUUAACUUUGUAAUUUUUGUACAUAUCAAUCAAAAUUGUGGUUGUACUCAAACAUUUAGUUUAAUGUCAAUAGUGUACAUUUUACUUGUACAUACAGAAUAGUUUUUAUUAUUUUCAUCUACCAAUUGACUAUCGACAUACUGUCUUCCAAUAUAACAAGAAAUCAACAGUACUUAAAGUGACAAGUUUUAAAUUGGACUGAUAGUGUUCUUCUACAAAAACUUCUGUUACAAAAAAAUAAUUUUGAAAUAUUGUUAAAAAAAAAAUAAUAGUUUUUGAAUAAGAUUGUCAUGUAAAUAUUGU